CGGGGACCGCCCAGUCCAGGCCCGGUGGGGCUCCGCUCGGCAACCUGCAGAGCCCUGAUAGCUAAAAUGUAAUUUCAGAUUGGACAAGUGGAGGGAUAGCAAUGUCCGGUGGAGAUGAACCCAGGAGCUACUAUGUGGGCAUGGACGUGGGGACUGGCAGCGUCCGAGCAGCCCUUGUGGACCAGAGGGGCACCCUCUUGGCUUUUGCAGACCAGCCCAUCAAUCAGUGGGAGCCUCAGUUCAACCACCAUGAGCAGUCGUCCGAGGACAUCUGGGCUGCGUGCUGCAUUGUCUCAAAGAAAGUUGUACAAGGGGUCAAUUUACACCAAAUCCGAGGGCUUGGGUUUGAUGCCACAUGUUCUCUGGUUGUUUUGGAUGAGCAGUUUCGUCCUUUGCCAGUCAAUCAUGAAGGGGAUUCCCAUCGAAACAUCAUCAUGUGGCUGGAUCACCGGGCGGUCAGUCAGGUCCACCGGAUCAACGAGACGAAGCACAGCGUCCUGCAGUACGUGGGGGGCGUAAUGUCUGUGGAGAUGCAGGCCCCGAAGCUUCUGUGGCUAAAAGAGAACUUGCGAGAGACUUGCUGGGAUAAGGCGGGACAUUUCUUUGAUCUCCCAGACUUCUUAUCGUGGAAGGCAACAGGUGUCACAGCACGGUCUCUCUGCUCCCUGGUGUGCAAAUGGACAUACUCUGCAGAGAAAGGCUGGGAUGACAGUUUCUGGAAGAUGGUUGGUUUGGAAGACUUGGUUACAGAUAAUUACAGCAAAAUAGGAAACCAAGUGCUGCCUCCUGGAGCUUCUCUUGGAAGUGGGCUCACACCAGAGGCAGCAAAGGACCUUGGCCUUCCUCCUGGAAUUGCAGUGGCAGCCUCACUAAUUGAUGCUCACGCAGGAGGACUAGGAGUGAUUGGAGCAGAUGUGAAGGGGCACGGCCUCGCCUGUGAGGGACAGCCAGUGACGUCACGGCUGGCUGUCAUCUGUGGAACAUCUUCUUGUCACAUGGGUAUAGACCACAUGGUGCAGGGCCAUGCUGCCUUCCCUGAACUACAAGCCAAGGCCACAGCCAGACGCCAGAGUGUAUAUGCAUAUUUGAACAGUCACCUGGAUCUGAUUAAGAAGGCUCAGCCCGUGGGUUUCCUCACUGUUGACUUACAUGUUUGGCCAGAUUUCCAUGGCAACCGGUCUCCCUUAGCAGAUCUGACACUAAAGGGCAUGGUCACUGGAUUGAAACUAUCUCAGGACCUCGAUGAUCUUGCCAUUCUCUACCUGGCCACAGUUCAAGCCAUUGCUUUCGGAACACGCCUCAUUAUAGAGGCCAUGGAGUCAGCAGGACACUCAAUCAGCACCCUUUUCCUGUGCGGUGGCCUCAGCAAGAAUCCCCUUUUUGUGCAAAUGCACGCGGACAUCACUGGAUCUGAUGUUCCCACUCCCCACCACCACAUGGAGGCCAGGCACCAGGGCAGAGCAAGCAGAGGGAAGUGGGAAAGAAUUGGACCCUGCUCACCGCCCCAACCCCAGUCUCAUCUGAUUCUCGUCCACUGGCCUCCAUUCAUCAUGAUCUCUUGCUUCCCACCCUGUCCCCUGCAUGCCAUACCUCUGAUGAAUGGGGGGUCCAGUUUUCUGCCAGACUCUCCCUUCCCCCUUCCAGGCCAUGCAGAUACCCACAGGUGAAAGCUUUCCCACACGUGAUGGGCAACGUCACCCCCUUCACGUUAUGAGAUCAAACUCUGAACCCCUUCUUAGAGGUAGGGAAACAGAAGCAUAGGCCAGUGAACAGUAUCAAAAGCAUCUGGUCUAAGGGUAAGUAUGUAAAAAUAGGUGUAGAAUUGACUACACUCAAUUGCACUCCUACUCUGUGUCAAUGUGAAUCACUUUAUUUACAUUUAAUCUGCACACACCACCAAAAGGUAGGAAUCAGUGCCCCUGUCUUACAGGCAGGGAAACUGAGGGUCAGGGAGGUGACUUAUAUUGACUGUCCAAGGUCAGACACCUGGUAGGUGCUGGACUAGGAUGGUACCGGGUGUGUCCAGACCUGAUGUCCUCUAUACUAUGCUGCUGACCCAGGUUUCUUAACUUUUUUGCCCAGUUUAUAACCGUUUAAUGAUGAAUCCCCCUUUCCUAAAAGUGUCCAAAACCUAUGGAAAUGGGCCAUUUGGAGGCAGAGAAGAAGAUGUAAAAAAGGAGCCCAGAUUACCUUAUAAUUUUCCCUAAGAGAAAAGCCAUAACUAGCUUGUUGAAAUACAGUUCAUACUUCAGAUCUGAUCUGUGAGUGACUUUCCAACAUCCAGCCUCCAAAGAGCCACCAAGACUUCCUACCUGGAUCUAGGAAGAGAGAUAAAAUCAACCCUGGCUGACACAUCACCCGAGGGAAUAGGAAACAAUGGCCUGAGAGCAGGGCAGCAGGCCCUGACUCUACACUGUGGCUCCAGCCUUUGGGAAAGUGAGUUCUCUUCCAGGCCUGACACCACUGAGCUGACUCAGAAGAAAGGGGUGCAGUGGCUUCAUAGAAAGUUCUACUUUGGAAACUGUUCUGCUUUAGGCUGUCAAAUGAAAAGGCUGUUAAUUGUUAUUUGGAUUCCGAUUGAAACUGGACCCUUUGUCUCUGACUGUGGACCAGUUACAGUUUUGAACAAAGGGAUCUUUUCUUUGGCCUGAAAUGCCUCUGCCUGGGGAAGCCUGUGAUUGACAAGUGAUGGCAAAGUGCAUCUGCCUUGAAAUGCUUUGGGUUCUGCUAGACUCAUUAAUGCAUCAGAUAAAAUAGUUCACAUUCCAGGCAAAGCUGCCUUCUUCCUCUCCUUCACCCAGCACUCUGUAAAAAGAACACAUUUGCAUGUGUUUCUGUAAAAGACGGGUACACAAGCUGUGGGUGUAUAGGUAGAGUGUUUGAUGCCUUUAAAAUUGUAAUUGCUCUAGUUUUCCUGCAAACAAAGCUAUAGAAAGAACCGUAGACCUGAUACAUGAGUCUCAGGAAUACACGUGAAAACAAUGGAAUUUGGCAGAUUCAUUGGAGAUAGUAUGGAAUAAUGGAGGAGAGCACUAGCUUGGUGACUUUAGGCAAAUUGCUUUACCACUCAGCCUCAUUUCCCCUUUCUGAAAGGUGGAAAUAAUAUUAUUUCCCUCAUAGAGAGCAUGCCGAGGAAUAAAUACUCAUGAGUUUGUGUGCACCAGUCUCUGUGCUUAGCUUAA